AUGGAAGGUUUCGCGGAGGGCCGCAGGGUUUCUUGCGAGGGGCCGGCCGAGGAGGCCGAGCCCCAGGUGGCGGCCUGGAGCGAGGACAGCGGUAACGUGUCCCAGAGCCACAGCAGCGCGUCGGUGCCGUGGGAGGAUGAGGGCCCGGAGUCGGGCGCGCCCAGCCGGGACCUGCCGCUGCUGCGCCGCGCCGCCGCGGGCUACGCCGCCUGCCUGCUGCCUGGCGCGGGGGCGCGGCCCGAGGUAGAGGAGCUGGAUGCGAGCCUGGAGGACCUGCUCACCAGGGUGGACGAGUUUGUGGGCAUGCUGGACAUGCUGCGCGGCGACUCCUCCCACGUGGUCAGCGAGGGCGUGCCUUGCAUUUACGCCAAGGCCACCGAGAUGCGGAGAGUGUACAGCAAGAUCGACCGGCUGGAGGCCUUCGUCGGGAUGAUCGGCGCCAGUGUAGCCAGGCUGGAGGAGCAGGUCUCCAGGGCGGAGGCCGAGCUGGGGACGUUCCCCAGUACGUUCAGGAAACUCCUGCGCACAAUUAACGUGCCCUCUUUCUUCAACAAGGCGCCCUCCAGCAGGUCCCAGGGGACCAGCUACGAACCCCCCAUCGUGUUUCGAACCGAAGACCACUUUCCUUGUUGCAGCGAAAGAUCUCAGGUCUGA